GAACGCCAUAUUAUGAAGUAACGUGUUGACCAUAAAAAUGAAACGAUGUGAAAUGUGAAUUAAGUGAGCGUUGCAGUGUGUAUUUACAGCGUGGUUUAUAAUGUGAACGCGAUUUGCCAAACCACUAACUGCAUGUGCAAUUUACAUACAUUUUCAACUGUAACGAGCUCCUGAUUGCAGCGGGGAAAUGCUGUCAGUUAGCCGGGACAUCCAAUGACAGAACCUUGGACUGUGACUUGUGCGUAAUUACGAUAGAGCUAGCACGCAUCGCGUAAUUACGCAGUUAACAAUUAAGUUUAUACGAAUUCGUUACGGAAGUGUUCAGAUUAGGCUACUCUCUUAAUAAUUGAUCAUAAUUCGCAAUACUCUAAACGAUUGCUCUAUUCGUAAAAUUAUAGUGCCAGCUUUAACACGAUUGUAAUAUAGCCUACCCUGAUCAUCAGCUCACUGGCUCAUUAAGGCAACUUAAUCAGAUCAGACGCUGUUAUAACCUGUUAUUGUGGUGAUCACACCUUUCAAACCCUUCUUGUCUUUAAAAUCAUAUUUACAAGUAAUUGUUUUGUGAACUACCGAGGGAUACCCCACCGUUAUUAUCCUCCUCAUAGAGCAGUUAAGAUAGGUUAACUCGCUGUAAAGUCUCAGCUAAGCAGAGAACUGAUGACGUGAGGUUGAGUGACCAAUAGGAAGGCGCUGCCCUUUGGAGACAAACCAUUUUACUUGUAGUGUCUGCAUCAAGUCUAGAAGCAAGGACUCAAAUUUAACAGAAUCCACCUUAUAAUCUCCUGCCUUUACUCAAGCCCACCUUUCGCCAUACUGCGUGAGAAAAACGGAAGGGAGAAAAAAGAGGCAUUUCGGAGUAAUAAGGCAGCAUUCUCUAAACAAGGGGGAAAGAACACCACAACAGGACCUAUUUGGGCUUGAGAGACGGGAGGGGGGGAGUAAGUACUCUCAAGGCAGAAAAUUUGAUGAUGACCAUGACUACGAUGGCUGACGGUCUGGAGGCUCAGGACUCGUCAAAAUCGGCUUUCAUGGAGUUUGGUCAGCAGUCGCACUCGCAGCAGAGCUCUCCGUCGAUGGCCGCCAGCCACUACCCGCUCCACUGCCUCCAUUCCGGCUCCCACGCUCACCAGCACGACAACUCUCCGUAUUCAGGCUCAAACUCGUAUAACAGGUCGCUACCAUACUCGUACAUGAGCCAUCCGCACCACAGUCCAUACCUGCCGUCCUACCAUAAUAACGCCGCCGGCACACAGACGAGGUUAGACACAGAACAGCAGAAAACAACAGUGAUUGAAAACGGAGAAAUACGUUUCAACGGGAAAGGCAAGAAGAUUCGAAAGCCGAGGACGAUUUAUUCCAGUUUGCAGCUUCAGGCAUUAAACCACAGAUUCCAGCAAACCCAGUAUCUUGCCCUGCCGGAGCGCGCGGAGCUGGCGGCUUCCCUCGGGCUCACACAGACACAGGUAAAAAUCUGGUUCCAGAACAAAAGGUCGAAGUUUAAGAAGCUGCUGAAGCAAGGCAGUAAUCCCCAUGAGAGUGACCCGCUGCCGGGCUCCAUCGCUCUGUCCCCGCGCUCUCCGGCCAUCCCUCCCAUAUGGGACGUGUCCGCGUCUUCCAAGGGAGUGAACAUGUCUGCCAACAGCUACAUGCCCGGCUACUCACACUGGUACUCCUCACCUCAUCAGGACUCUAUGCAGAGAUAGGCUGCGAAUCAUUGGCGGUAUAGGCCCGAGGCCUCGCCGCUGACCCUCGUUUAGUUUCUCCCAGCGCAGUGAUAACAACAGUGACCCACAUUGCCAUCUGUAAAAUACAAACUGAGGACAUUUUUUCUGUGGGAAGUUUCAUGUGAAGGAUAAACAAUGAUCUCUUGCGUGGCGGACAGUGGAUCUAAACUGUUGCAACUCAAAUGGGAUUGAUUUAACAACCCGCCAGUUAUAUCUGUUGACUUGUAAACCAAACACAUAGCUCCAUCACCAGCAUGGGACAAAAGUGGAAGCGGAAAGAAACACUGACGCCUUUUCAAAUAACCCAUGUGUCACAUGUGAAAACGAACUAAAAAAAAAAAAAAAUUUGCGGUCUUUGCGUUAUGAAUACAUGUUUUUCAUCAAGCAAAAGAAAGCAAAUCGCUUGUAAAUAUGUUGUCUAAUUUUAGUUGUAAAAUACUUUUUAUGUUUUGUCAUAAAUCGAGUAAAAAAACAUGGCUUCAAACAAUGCGUCAUGCCCUUGAUUUAUUAUUAUUAUUAUUAUUUUAUUUGUUUUUUAGUUUUUCUCUUUUUUUUUAACAUUACAGACAUUUGAAUGGUGAUUUAAGUUUUUUUUUUAUUCAAAUCUGUUCUUUUAUUAUUAUUAUUAUUUAGUAGAUUACAUUGUUAAUUAAGCCUUUAGCGUUCAUUAAAUGCUAUUCUUGACAUGUAAAGAAUUUCUCUCCUUUUACAUAGAUUCAUUCAAAAUAACACUAACUCUUGGUGUUAUAGGCCUAUAGAGAAUAUACGGGUGGUAUAAUCUAAAGAAGUAACAAAAUGGCUUACCAUAGUUGGUCUUCUCUCAUCGAGUUUUUCCUAUAAUAUAGAACGGCAUCUUGUCCAUCUACUCUGUCUCAAUCAUUACAGUAUUGACAAAAUGUUUUUCCCCCUCUCUCCCUGUCUUGAUGUGCGAAACGCUGAAUACCAUUCGCCACAGGAUCGAUCCCGAACAAAGCACCCAGCUGCAGUCUCGUUCAAUAUGAAGGAGAUAUUUGGGACAAUUUAUGGGUUUUAUCCAAGUGAAGGUUUUUUUCCUAUUCUCAUAAAUGCAGACAUAAUUAGGGUAAUUUUUGAUGUAGCCCGCUGAUUACAGCGUUUUUACCGUCAAAGAUAAUUACCUGUAAUUUUCUACCACUUUUAAUACUGAAAGGCAUCUUUAUUUGGAUUUGAGGUAGCAAAGACGAAACAAAAAGACGAAAUUAUUCGGUUAUUCAUGUACAAAUUGCUGACAAGGGUGAACGCUCGGGAUAUUAUCUGAAAUUACAGUGUUGAAUAGGGGAGAGGAGAAGCCCCUGCAGCUGUCAAACCUGUGGAUGCCCCAUGCAGGCGCACAAAUGGAGCUUGAUUUUUUAAACACUUUUCUGAUCGGAGUGGAUUUGGUAUGGUUCAUUUAGAUAUUUCGCAUUUAUGGAAUGAGAUGCUGAAAUAUUGUAGGCCCUGUGUCUCCGCCAUGGGGUUUACGCAACUUUGCGAAUAUCGAUAAAAAUAGUUUUUGAAAAUAAUUCAAAUGCUUAAAAAAAAUAAAAUAAACACAGAUGAAGAUGUAACUAGAUAGAGACAUACACACAGGGACAAUUAAUAGUGAAACAGUAGAGGGUAGGACAAUGUGACAAGACAAGAAGAGAGAGGAGGAGAGAAAAGAGAACGGGAGAGAGAGAAAGGGAGAGAGAGAGAGGGAGAGAGAGAGAGAGAGAAUCGUAAUAGUUUACUUGACACGACGAUUUUGCAUUUGAAAGAUAGCCUGUUUCCCUCAGCACUGUCUGUGAUCAAGUAUCAGCACGCCUCAGACAGACACCACAGCUCUCUACUCCACUACGCCAAAAGACAUUAAGACAUUGCUUACCUCCAUAGCCGGACGGAGGCCGUGGUUUCGGUGCAGAUCCCGCAUGAAAUACGGACAGUCCCAUGCACUGCUCGUGGUUGAGUAAGCAAAUUCAGGUGUGAAAGUGUUUUGCACAGCCCAACACCUCUUAUAUAUUGGCCGCAAAAUUAACCGUUAUUACUGUCACUGUUUAGCGAUGGUGAGCCAGAAAAAGCCUUCUGCAAUCAAGAACCAAGCGCAUCUUUGCAAAUUAUAGAUAAUUGUAAAUGUCCAGAUUAUGAUAAUGGACCCCUAAUCCUGGUGGAAGUAUAAUUAUUGUUGAGCGUUAUACAGUUGAAGCUAACUGUCAUUAUUCAUACACCAUUUGCGGAGGGAUUCGCUGAGUGGAAAAUGGUCAGUUGGAAUUUAACAAGGCUCUCGAUAUAAUGGCAUAGGAAGUAAGUGUGUGUGUGUGUGUGUGUGUGUGUGUGUGUGUGUGUGUGUGUGUGUGUGUGUGUGUGUGUGAAUGCUUUAGAGGAUAAUCAAGAAUCAACAUAAUAAUCCUAAUACCAGUUUUACUUUUUGUAAAUCUUGCACAUCGUGAAUUUGCAGCUUGUAUGAUAUCUUUCAUUUCCUCCGUUUAUUAGCCUAUAAUACUACAGAUUUUAGUUGAAAAAAUAACGCUAUUGUUGUUAGUGUGUGUGUGUGUGUGUGUGUGUGUGUGUGUGUGUGUGUGUGUAUCUGUGUGCGUACGAGAGAGAGAGAGAAAGCAAGAGAGAGGUGGAUUUGAAGGAUAGUGACGAGCAUACACGCAUACACGUGUAACCUCAAAUUUACUGACAAUUAAGAUAUUGUACACUAUAAUAUUUAUAUCCGUAUAGGCACGAGGUAGAUAGUUGUGUAUAACCGAAUACCUGCAGACAUAGGCCUAAAUAUUUAUUUGAUGUCCUACUGUGAUGUUUUAUGAUUUUUUUGUUUUUUUUUACGAUGCACUUGUGUUGUCAUACAGAUUUGAUUAAACGUUCACAUUUCCGUGAUUUAUGCGUUAUAAGAUGAUGAUCUGUGGGAGCUGAAUUGUAGCAGGAAAUGGCUGAGUCCUCAAAAGGAGUCUCUUUCAUAUCAUUCUCAAAAAUUAAAAACAGAGAGAUGUACACCACUAUUUUUUUAAUGAUUGUUUUACAUUCUGAAAUCCAUAGUCUAAUAUCCUAAAUGCUUUCAAUAUUUAUAAGCUAUGUUUAUCGUAAAGAAUGGAAAACUAUCUCUGGUAGGCCUACUAAAUAAGCU